UUAUAUUCAAAAUACAAAUUCAGGUAUAAAAAGUCAAGAAUGACAAGGGGUAACCAACGAGAUUUAGCACGUGAAAAAAAUUUUAAGAAACAACAGGAAGUAUUGAAAAGAGAGAGAAGAAUGAAUGAUGGCUUAACAGUCGAGCAAAGAAAAUUUCGUGAUGCAGAAAUGAUGCGAGAAAAACAAAAGAAAAAACAAGAACUUGCAACUGCUACAGCUGCAUCUACUAAAUGAUAUUAGAUCCGUAAGAGAACAAAAUUUACAUACUACA